AUGGGUAUAUGUAAAGUCGAAGACUAUCGUAAGAAAUCAAAGGAAUAUAUGGAAAAAACUCAAGCAUAUCAAUGUCUUGGUACAAAUGAUCCAUUACCUGAAUUAAUUCAACGGACGAAUAAAUAUCUGUUAGAUUUACGAUUGACUAAAUGGAUUACUCAAAAACAGUAUGAAUUAUUAAGUAUUAAACCAAAUGAAGUUGAAUUGGCUCAUUUAUAUUAUUAA